CUCUUAUUGAAAACAUAUAAAACAACGGACCUAUUCAACGAAAAUUAAAUACAACUUACCUUUACUUUUACCCUCUUCUCUCUCUUCCAUCCUAUGCAAUUCCGAUCCAAAUUCUCCUCAAAUCGACUCUGAUCCACCAAAUCGCCUACCAAAUCGCGAUCCUUCACCAAUCGACUGCACAAUACCAUUAUCUUCUUCUUCUCCAUGCGCUUCGCCGAAUAUCCACGAAGUCCCGAUCCUUCGCCAAUCUCUGGUUUGGUAGCUGAAAAGAAGAAGCAAACUGCUACUCCACUUUCCAGAGGAAGCGAUUUAGAAGCUUGGUUGCUUCGGUUCAUCUAUCCUCCUUGUCGAUUCUCAGAAGGAGAAUUGAUCCCGCCUCCAGCUCUGGCCAAGCCCGCCUCGCACAAACUCAUGGCCGCUCAAGUGGGGAGAUCAGUUUCUUACAAUGAACACAAGCCAAGAAAGUCUCCGCCAACUUGCCUUGCUGCUACAAGGGAGAAUAGUGUACAUCUGGAAUUCUAUGUGGGAGGGCCGAGUUUGUGCGAAUACGAGAAGCUUCAAUGUGAAAUGUCGGAUCUGCAACUCAAAUACUAUGAGCUUCUGGCAACUCUUGUGUUUCUUGAAAAAAGGGAAAUGGACAUUUAUGCUUUACUAUAUCUAUUCUGCGCAAGCAAUGCCCAAUUCAAUUCAAUUUCACGGCCAUUUGUAAGCUACAGGGUCGAACCAUUCCCGGAGACAAACUGCUGUUCUUGGAAGAAUGCCCAACAGCAAGCAACAGAUAGUGCCCUUCAUAAGCUCGCAGCCCAUCAGAGAUUUGUUCUUCUCUCUGACAGCUGUGUACCUUCGUACGACUUCAACAGCACUUACAACUACAUAAUGUCCUCCCCCAAGAGACUCUUUGACAGGUUGCAAUUGAGACAUCAUCUUUAAGCAGUGGGUUGCUUUGGUGAGAAAACAUGCUGAACUCCAUCUCCUUUGCAGGCAAUGCACGAAGUAGGAUUCAACAAAGAAAAACACAAGAGGUUUCGAAGCUUUCAGCCCCAAAACUUAUUCGUGUCAUUGUGAUUUUUGAAAUAGUGGGCUGAUUCUCAGUGGUAACAUUAUGUAAUUGUGAAUUUUGGUUACUAACCAAUAAAUUGUGUACUUGUAAUUUUGGUUACUAAAUUUUUUUGUUAUAUGAAACAAUUUUUUUAUUAUAAUUCUAUUUAAUUUUUAGUAUUUUCAUUU